AUGGAUGCCCCCAAGAGCUGUAGGCCUGAAGAUAUUGCCACUGUCAACGUACAUGCUGCAAAAGAUUUGCUUGGAUCAAGCCACUGCUAUUUGGAUGUAAGGACACCCGCAGAAUCCUGUAAAAGUCAUAUCACCAAUGCCUCAAAUGUUCCUUACAUGUUCAUCACCCAAGAAGGAAGAGUGAAAAACCUUGAGUUCCUAACCCAGGUCUCUUCUCUCUUGAAGAAGGAUGAUCUCAUAGUUGUGGGAUGCAACAGUGGAGGAAGAUUUCUUGGUGCCUGUGUUGAUCUUCUCAAUGCAGGCUAUGAGGAUGUGAGUAACAUGGAAGGGGGCUAUUCAGGUUGGGUGGAUAGUGGACUCGUUGGCCAUGGAAAACCAACAGAAGAGCUCAAAAAUUUUUGCAAAUUUCGCCCUUGA